AGUAGCAGCUAGCAGCAUUAGCUGACUGUAAUGAAUGAAGUGAAGACGGUACUGAGUCACAGCGCAGCUCAUUAUUGAACGAGUAAUUAAAGAAGAAUGAGUUCAGUUGAGAGUUUGAGAGAGUUUGUCAACGAGCGACUAACUGCUGCUGCUGAAGAAAUAUUCAGAGUUUUUAAAACAACUAUCGUCCAGUACGAGGAAGAGAUCGAUCGGCAGCGCGUCAUGCUGGAUAUCUGCUGGAAACCCCAGGUACAGAUGAUAGAGCUCCCACAGCAACAUGUCUGUAAGGAGGAGGAGGUUCUGGCUGACCAGCAGCUCUGUAACCAGGAGAGGAACUCCAGUCUGGACCAAGAGGACCCAGAGCCUCCAGAGAUUAAAGAGGAACAGGAGGAACUCUGCACCAGUCAGGAGGGAGAGCAGCUUGUACUGAAGGUGGAGACGGAUACCGUCAUGUUGACUCCAGCUUAUGAGGAAAGUGACCACAGUGAAGCAGAACCAACAAGUGAUCACACAGAGCUCCCACAGCAACAUGUCUGUAAGGAGGAGGAGGUUCUGGCUGACCAGCAGCUCUGUAACCAGGAGAGGAACUCCAGUCUGGACCAAGAGGACCCAGAGCCUCCAGAGAUUAAAGAGGAACAGGAGGAACUCUGCACCAGUCAGGAGGGAGAGCAGCUUGUAGUGAAGGUGGAGACGGAUACCGUCAUGUUGACUCCAAACCUCACCCUCCAAAAAAACUCUACAUCAUCAGACAUUCAACAUAACACUCACCCAGGUGAAAAGUCUUUCAACAGUGACAAAUGUGGAAAGACUUUAAAGUUCAAGUCCCUAUUGAAGUCACACCUAAGAACCCACACACAUGAGAACCUGUAUUCUUGUAAAACAUGUGGUAAAGCUGUCAGCCACCGUACAAGCUUAACACGUCACAUGAGAACUCACACGGGUGAGAAGCCUUUUAUCUGUGAAAUUUGCGGGAAAGCUUUCAACCAUCGUACAAGCUUAACAGUUCACAUGAGAACCCACACAGGUGAGAAACCGUAUUCCUGUAAAACAUGUGGGAAAGAUUUCAAGUCUCAUGGUCAAUUAAAUCAACACAUGAGAACGCACACAGGUGAAAAACCAUAUUCUUGCAAAACAUGUGGGAAAACAUUCAGCCAGCGUGCAUCCAUAGCAAGCCACAUGAGAACCCACACAGGUGAGAAACCAUUUACUUGCAAAACAUGUGGGAAAGCUUUCACGCUAAACAGGAACUUAACAGUUCACAUGAGAAUCCACACAGGUGAGAAACCGUAUUCUUGUAAAACAUGUGGGAAAGAUUUCAAGUCUCAUAGUGUAUUGAAUCGACAUAUGAGAACCCACACAGGUGAGAAACCGUUUACUUGCAAAACAUGUGGGAAAACAUUCAGCCAACAUGCAUCCAUUUUAAACCACAUGAGAACCCACACUGGUGAGAAACCGUUUACUUGCAAAACAUGUGGGAAAGAUUUCCAAUCGCGUACAAGUUUAACAGUCCACAUGAGAACCCACACAGGUGAGAAACCAUAUUCUUGCCAAAUAUGUGGGAAAGCUUUCAAGUCUCGUUGUCCAUUGAAUCGACACAUAAGAACCCACACAGGUGAGAAACCGUUUACUUGCAAAACAUGUGGAAAAGCUUUCAGCCAACGUGCAAACAUUGCAGUCCAUAUGAGAAUCCACACAGGUGAGAAGCCUUAUACUUGCAAAACAUGUGGGAAAGAUUUCAGAUGUCGUUCUUCCUUUACACAUCACAUGAGAACUCACACAGAUGAGAAGUCGUAACAUUGCACGACCUGGGGACAGAUGGUCUGAUCAGUCUGCUUUGAAGAGUCAUUUGAUGACACGUACAGGCGAGUAGCCUUGUAUUUGCAAAAUAUGUUGGAGGUGGUUCAGUUCUAGUGUUUCAUGGAUAAUUGCAGAACUUUAACUUUAAGUGACAUCAUUGAAGAAUCCUCAGAGGAUCAAGAUACACAGAAGAAAUGAUGAGCUGAUGCUGAAUGUGAACAAUUUCCCCUUGAGAAGAUGUCAAAAUAUGUUUAUGUGUCUAUCUUCAUGCUGAUUUGCCCAUAUCUGAUAACAUGAUGAUUAAAAAAUCGAGUGAA